AAGCGGUGGCAGACUUAGAUUUCAGUUGUUUGAGCAGUUGAAUGGGCCUAGGAUUGCAUCUUGUCUACCGAGUAGCUACAUGUAGCAGAACAGUCAUGGGCGUCUCCCAAGGGACACUCGCAGCGACCCUGUGGUUUUUCUGUUUGGCGAGCGCCAUCGCUACGGACAUCGACGAGAGGGAUGGCGGCUAUAUCAAUAUUUUGGUAUCAAUCGAGCCGGAGGUCCCACCGGACGAAAACAUUAUCCGCAACCUAAAGGCCCUCCUGGAAUCAUCAUCACGGUUCCUACACAGAGCAACAAACGGUCGAGUAUACUUCAAGUCAUUCGUCAUCGAGGUACCAAAAUAUUGGCCAAAAAGAAAAGUGGAUCGUCACCUAGGGGCAACGCAGUUCCUAAACAGCGAUGUGCGAAUCGUGAGUUCCAAGAGUUGCGGAUUCCAGGAGCCUUGCACGGUGACGUCACAAGGCUGCCAAGAAAAGGGAGAUUACGUAUUCAUUCCAGCGGAAUAUCUCCAACACCUGGGGCCCUUAACGGCGGAAACAAAUGAAAGUGCUGCGUAUACCUUCGUGCACGAGUGGGCGCACCUAAGGUAUGGUGUUUUUGACGAGUACGGUACCAGGGGAGAUGAUUCCUUUCCAGAGACCUACUGCGUCGAUGGCGAGGUGCAACUGAGUGCAUGUUCAGAAAAUAUACCUUUUACCGCCAAUCUAAACAAUGGCUCACUUUGCCCGACUGAUGAAAAAUGCCACUUCGGAGAAGACUGCAUUGUCAAGCCCUAUAUUGGCCAUAAAACCCUUGCAGAAAGCUCCAUUAUGUUCAUGCCGCACGUGAAAAACCUUUCCUAUUUUUGUGAAUCAACAAACAAAAAGCGACGUCUGCACAACAGUGCUGCCCCGACAAAGCAAAACAAUAUGUGCGGCGGUGCGUCUGUCCUUGACGUCAUCUUAAAGAGCGACGACUUUAAAGAUUUAGCAGAUGCGGACCCGCUCAAGCACGUUGGCGUCACCUUUAAAGAAUGGCAAGAAAGGGCAGACAGACCUCAAAAAAUUGUUCUGACUUUGGAUGUGUCUGGUAGUAUGGGGGAAUGGAAUCGCCUUGAUUUCUUGAAAGAAGCUGCCAGGCACUACAUAGAAGCUAUACCUGAUGGCCUGAGGAGACUGGCUAUUGUAACAUUCUCCACAAAUGCCACAGUUGCCCACAAUAUGGUCACCGUCAAUUCGACCACUCGGCAAGGGUUUAUCAACAAAGUGAAUGCUCUAAAACCUCACGAUCAGACGUGUAUUGGGUGCGGACUUGAACUGGCACAGAAGUUGCUCGAUGCACCGUUUGAUCCUCCACAUGGCUCCAUCAUUCUCCUGAUAACCGAUGGUCGAGAGAACCAGAAGCCUUAUGUGGCGAGCGUCAUGCAAAACCUCGUGAAGUCCGUCAUCGAAGUGAGCUCAUUUGCGAUUGGAAGAGAAGCUGACGAAAAACUUGAAGUGUUGGCAGCUGCAACGAAGGGUCAAUCGUUCUGUUUCCCAGACGGCCAACCAUUCAAUGGCGUAAACAUGGGCGUGGCGUUUGUGACAGCCAGUGCAUCCGAAGUGGAACCCCAAUGGCCCGUCACGGUUUUGCAAAUUGAAAGCAACUUCAGCAUUGGAAUGCAGCAGAAUUUCACCAUUGAUGCGGGUUUGGGAAAGAACACAAUCAUCUCCAUUAGACUUGAUGGUUCAACCAAACGAUCACUGAAAGUAGAGCUUACGGACCCUAGUGGACAGAAAUGCGCUGUUUGUAAGGGUGUUCUCUACGCUGACACAACGAGGAUAGCCCUACCGGAGCCCGUAAAGACGGGUACUUGGAUGCUUCACCUACAGAGAAACAGUACCGAUGAUGUCCAGGCCAGCGUGAGGGUGUUCUCACAACUUUCUGACAACACUACGGAAACCAUCAUAACCAGGGCCCGAAUGAUAAAUGUGUUCUUUAGAGAACCCUACCGGUCUGUCGUCAUUGUCGACGUCACUAAAGGGAAGAAGAUCGUCAUGAAUGCAAGUGUUACUGCCAAGAUAACUGACUGGCUUGGAGAAACCACUACUCUAAGACCUCGUGACAGUGGCCAAGGCAUCGCAGCGCAGGGAGCUGGGGACACACCAGGAACAGGUCAGUCUCUGUGGCCCCUGGAAGGCCAUGGCGUCACAAAGAGUUGA